CCACCACCGCCGCCACGACAGUCGGACACCCAAACCCGCAUGACUCAUCCACGUUAACUACCACCCUUCCUAGAUGAAGCUCUCCGCGAAGUCAUGCAUCGGAACCACACCUUAGGCGAAAGUAACGCACGCCAUCAAGGCGAUCUAUAUGGCUUCGUCCUCGGGGAACUCCGCCUCGCAUUCGAGAGUAUUUCCAGUGAUAGCGAAGACGGCAUCAUCACGGCGGUGUUCUGGUGGAUAUUUAGAAUACCGUCGGACUUCUUGGAUUCGGUGGCUAACAGGCAGCCGUUUGCACUGGUUGUGCUGGUGUUUUUUGGUGCGUUGAUGCAUCGCUUGCGGGGGCAGUGGUGGAUGGGGGAUUGGGCGGGGAAGGUCACGAGGGAGAUACGGGCUUCGUUGGAUGGGCAUGGGGGGUUGGGGGGGUUUAUUCCUUGGGGGUUGUUGUUUGGAGCUAGCUAGUUGAGGGUCUAAAUAUCUAGCGUUUGUAAUGGAAUGUUUAACAUUCUGUGGAGAGAUGGGAACAAAGA